CAGCGGUUCCCUCCAUGGACGACUCCAGUGUUUCUGAAGGGUCAGGACAAUGUCUGUGUCGGGAGAAGUUGGAUCUGUCCUGUAGGAUUCAGCCUACUAUUUUACCCGCCGAGACAUACAAAUCACAUGGUACACGGAAGAUGACGUCAUGCUACCAUCUAACAUCGGUGACCCCCCACAUCUCCCAGGCAAUGACGGACUCUAUCAUACCUCCAGCACUUGCACGUUACAUCACAACAAUGAGGAUUUUAGGAAGGAUUUUCCGGCAUGUCGGGUUCAGCAUCUGUCAGCCAGAUAGAAUCCGAAAGCACGUGCCUGUGACCCUGAGAUGCGAUUCUUCUCUCCGCCCACCCUGGACCCCAUACAGUGCUCCCCCGCACCCCCUGAGUUUGGGCAGAAGGUGACGUUGUCCUGCAGAAUCAGUAACAUGUACCCCGGAGAUCCCGCCAUUCAGUGGUAUCGGUCUCUGAUCAAAUAUACCGACGAGAAAUGGAAGGACCACAUCCAGGAAGAUCCCCAGUCCAGGAUGUUCUCCGGAACCACAGAGCUGACACUCACUCCCACGUUGGAGGAACACGGCGUCCCCAUCCGCCUGGAGGUCACACAUGGGGGGAAAAGACUGUCAUUAGAGAAUAUACGCUACACCUGAAAGGGGUCCCAGUUCUCAGUGAGAUCUCCAGUGAUCCCCGUAUACCGGAUUAUGGAAAGUCUCUGACUCUGCGCUGCGAUGUGGAUGGCUGUAAUCCCGGACACACCCCUGAGGUCAUCUGGUCAGAGGGUGGAACAGUGCUGAGGAGAGAAGAGCAGAGAGUGACCCGAGGCAGAGGAGACGUUCUGUCCUGUUCUCUGACCUUCACACCGACAGCUGAGAAUAGUGGGCGGGUCUAUACCUGCAGAGUGACGCACAGAAACAUGGAACAUUCUAGUGCCAAAAACCUGCACCUGAGGCUCCCA